AUGACGGGAUCUUUACAGUCCACCACCGAUGUGGUCAUUAUCGGAGCAGGGCCAUCAGGACUCAUGGCAGCCUUGUGGAUGGCGCGGUGCGGUGUGAAGACUCGCAUCAUUGAUGCCCGCGCCACAAAAGUGUUCAGAGGCCAUGCCGAUGGAAUGCAGACGGGAACACUGGAAAUCCUGGAUUCGUUUGGAAUUGUAGACGAUCUCUACAAAAAGGCCGCUCCGUCGGUGGAAAUGACAGUUUGGGCCGGUACCAAGGAUGUACCGUUGAAGCGUGUGGCUCGGUUUCCGAAAUGGUCCCCAGACCUCGGUAACACGGAACGCGCUUUGUUGGACGGCAUGAAAGCUCUCGGUGGACUCGAAGUCGAACGGGGCGUGCUGGCCACAGCUAUCAAUAUUGACGAGGAGGGCAUACAUGACCCAAAGGCGCACGCUAUCAAGUUGACGCCAUAUUUGAAGCGCGGGGUUACAGGUAAAGAAGGAAGGACAGAAGUGAUUCAUGCCAGGUUCGUCAUCGGGGCCGAUGGAAGCCGAAGCUGGACGCGCAGCGCGUUGGGAUUCGACUUUUGCGGAGAUGACCGCGAAGAGGAUGUUGGGGGGAUUUUAGAUUGCAUUGCGACGUCGAACUUUCCUGAUAUCCGGAUCCAAUCGAUGAUUGUGAAGGACGGGCGUGGGGCGGGUUUUGUGCCACGGGAGGAUGGGUUGCUACGCAUUGCAGCCCCAGUUCCUAGCAGGUCCGAAGCGACUCCGGAAGCCAUCCUCAGAUCACUGAGAGAAAUACUUGCGCCGUAUGAGAUUGAAGUGACUCAGAUUGAUUGGUGUGGAGUAUUUGGGACCAGGCGUCGUGUCUCAAGCUCAUCUUCCAAGCACUCGCGUGUGUUUCUCGUUGGAGACGCAUUGCAUGUCCAUUCUCCCAGAGCAGGGAUCGGCAUGAACUUCAGUAUACAAGACGCAUACAACCUGGGGUGGAAACUUGCGCACGUUGUGAAGGGAAUCUCUCCCCUUACUAUUCUGAGGACGUAUGACGAAGAGCGGGGAUUAACGACGAAUCAACUCAUCGCUUUUGAUAGAGCCUUGUCGGACGAGUCGCCCAUCGGUGCGAACUUUUCAGCUCGCGGAACAUAUCAGCAGCUUCGGGACAAUCUUCCAUUUUCAAGCACUACGGCAAUCGAGUACGAGGCUGGCUUGCUUGUGGCUAAAAACGGGGGCUGGGUUGUUUCUAAGCAACAUUUGGCGCCCGGCAUGCCUAUAGGCAGGCGUCUAUCCUCGCAGACGGUGGAAAGACAUGCGAAUGGAGAAUCAGUUGACUUUGGAAAAUCAUUCCCUAGUGACGGUCGGUACCGGAUUGUCAUCUUUGCGGGCAUGAUAUCGCAACCGGAGCAGCUACGCCGUCUGGAACACGUCGGUCAGGUGCUAGAGCUCCCUGAGGCAUUUGCCCGACGUCUGGGUGAUCGUGAAAUCUCACCCCAGGAUGUAUUCGAGAUUCUGGUCGUCCAUAGCGCGAGCAGGGAUGAUGUCGAGAUGGCUGACUUGCCCCCGUCCCUCUUUAAGAAUGGCGAUCCCUUUGGUCAGGUCUUCGUGGAUAAUAAUCAAUCGAGGUCAUGGACCUUGAGCGAAGCAUACAGCGGAUAUGGGAUAAGUAAAGACAAGGGAUGUAUUGUCCUCAUUCGCCCUGACAGGCACGUCAUGUAUAUUGGCGAGUUGGAGGAUGUUACCGAGAUGAUCAAACUGUUGACCUCCGUUAUACUUUGA